CUUUUGUGUUUUGUGCCAUGCGCCGGGCGCUUAGCUAAAUUCAAAUCAGCAAACCAAAAAAUAAAUAAAAAUAAAACUAAACCUAAACCUAAAAAUCGAAAAUAAAAUCUAGCUAAAUAUUUUUUAAUUUGACGAACAGCAAAGAUAAAACUAUAACGGUACUUGGCCUGCUCCUCUUUCUAGUAAUUCAUAGCUAUGCUUUGUUGUCGUCUUCCUUUGUACAAAAAAUGUGAUAUCUUCGUGAAAAUUGGGCAAAAAAAAAGUGUGCAAAAGCAAUUAACGCCAAUAAAAUUAAAUUACACAUAAUCAGAGCUAAUAAAAAAAUAUUAUUUAGUAGCAGCCGACGCGUUACUUAAAUGCAUUAAAAAUUGAACGAAAUUGUGAAUUGGAUUUACGAGACGAUUAUCAAAAUACAAACAAAAAAUACAAAUAAAUUAGUGAAAAAAUCAAAAUUUAAAUAAAUAAAAUAAGAAAUAAAUAAAACAACGAAAACAAAGAAACACAACGAUAUUUAUAUGCCGGUUUUAUAUUAACUGACAAGUUUGACACCAGCUGCAUAAAGGAUAAAUAUAUCCAGCAUGAAGGGCUGGUUCGACGCAUUUCGAGACGAUGGCGGUCCAACGCUUUAUUCAUUCUCAAAUCGAACACCCGUCACAGGCGAUGUCUCCAUUGUGGCUGUCUCAGUGCUCUUUGCCACAUUCUAUGUGGCGUUCCUCGUCAUAUUUCCUGGUGUGCGUAAGCAGAAGUUCACAACAUUCUCGACGGUCACACUGAGUCUCUUUGUGGGUCUAGUCAUACUGAUUACCCGGCUGGGUUCAGCGUGGCAUGUGGCACAUGCAACAAUCAUUGCACCAUAUAAGGCAUUCUCACGCGAGAAACUGCUCGCCCGCAUCGGCACCCACAUCGGACUGAUGCACGUCAAUGUGACACUGACAGCCAUUCCCAUCGGCAACUGGACGCAGCCCGACAUUGACUACAACGAACGCUUCAGCUGGGAGGGAGCGAACGAUAUGAGCGCUAAUUAUCGCUUGGCUCUGCAGCGCGGUUUGCCCUUUCCCAUACUGACAGUGGCCGAGUAUUUCAGCUUGGGUCGCGAGGGCUUCUCGUGGGGUGGUCAGUAUCGUGCCGCUGGCUACUUUGCCAGCAUCAUGCUGUGGGCCUCGCUGGCCUCGUGGCUGCUGAUGAAUUUGCUGCUAUUGGCGGUGCCGCGCUAUGGGGCCUAUCUGAAAGCCCUGACGGGAGCCCUGCUCGUCUCCACAGCUGUGGGCUACCACUGCCUGUUGCCGCAGCGGCCAUUGUGCAUAUUUCUGGAGGGCGGACGACUGGAGUUUCACUUUGGCUGGUGUUUCUGGCUGGUCCUGGUUGCAGGCAUUCUUUGCUUUAUUGCCGGCGUGCUGAUCUCCAUCAUUGACCUGGUCUGGCCGCAUACGUUCUCCACUGUGCUGGAAGUCUACUAUGGCACUCCUUACGAUCGCCAUGUUAUACUGGAGGAGUCGAGCGAUGUUCGCUAUCGCAAGUCGCGCAACAGUCGCGGUCUAGAGGAGCCGCCUGGUCUCGGCUCGCGCAUCUUGCGUCGCCUCAGCUCCAAGGCGCGUGAUAUGCAGCCGCAUGCCACAGCGCCGCGACGCGGCAGUCCCGCCGGUGUCUCCAGCAACGGCGUAGAGAACAAGGCAUUUCAGGGUGAUGUGCCCAAGAGUCCUUGGCGUCAUCCCUUCCGCCGCGCCCAACAGCUGCCGCACACGUCGCAUUCUGCCUCGUCGCAUCCAAUGCAUCAGCAUCAUCAUCAGCAGCAGCUGCAGUUUGUGGGCGGCGGUCCAAUCGGCGCUCAUCCCAUGCACCAUAUGCAGCGCACUCUCUCACAGGACUCGGGCUCCAGCAUAGCCUCCGCUGCUGUGCAAAUCUCACCUUUGCAUAAGCAUGCAAUGGCCCGAAUGUUGCCUAAUCCGCCUGUGGAACGCGUUCGCGACAUGGAUCACUGGUAAUGUGCUGGAGCACACAUCCUGGGCGAGUCCUCAACGAAUUCUUGACAAUUCAACAAAUUCUAAUUGACAAAACAAAUGAAACAAAAACAUCAAGAAAAAAACAAAAAACAAAAAACGCUACAAAACAAUUUGUGAUAAUUUCUUAAUUUAAAAACAAGUGGAAGAAGAAAAGUGAAAAAAAAAACAACUAAAAUUUUAUAAUAAUUGACAAGAUUGCAUAAUUUACCUGACGUACUUACAUAUAUACAAAUUUAAAUCAACUUAAGCUUAAUUAAAUUAUUCUAUUAUACCUAAGUUAAACAAAAUUGUAAUUUGUAAAGCUAUCAUUGAGACGUGAUGUUCACUUGUGAUAAGAUAAGAUAAAUCUUCUGCCACACGACGGACACAGAAUGCGUGCAUUUUAGUUAUAUAUAAUUGUAAAUCUAUACGAUUCGAUAAAUACGAAUGAAGAUAUAGAUACAUAAAUAUAUAUUUCUGUUAAUUGUAAAAUGAAUUCCAUGCCAGUGUAUGUAACGAUUAGUUUACUAUUUUAUAUAUGUGUUUAAACUAAGUUUUUAAGUUGUGACGAUGUUUUUAAAGUAUAAAUAUAUGGAGAGCAAGAAAUGCAACGACCUAAACUAAA